AUGUCUCCAGAGCAUAAGAGAACAAGCCAGGAAGAUGGCACUGAUGGGGUCUCUGGUCCGGGGGGCCACCCCUUCAACAAAAAGACAAAGCUCAGCCCGUCGUCCGGUGGCGAGGAGACAGCCGUCCUUCGGCGCCACCUAGACGAGGCCCUGGAUUUCAUCAACAGCUGUGGGCUCGCCUCAAAAGCACCCCAAUCUCUCCAGCCCCUUCUGGAAUCCCGCCCCAAUGUUGCCGACGGCAUGGCACAACAGAUAAAGGCCAGGAUAUACGACACCUGGGAGCCCCUCUGCGCCGACACCUCGGGCAGGCAGACCGGCAUCCACUCGUCUGACCUCAGCUCCGCCCAGUGUUCUCAUUUCCCAGCCAUCGAGAGGCUCGCCAGGCUCCCCAGCAAAGACAGCCUGCGCCUGGCAUACGAAGUGGCCUGGUACCUCAAGGAUAAUUCUUAUGGGGACAUGGACGAGGACCGCGGGUUCGGGAACCGCCCCUCGGAUGAGCAAGGCGACGCCUUGCUGUCCCGCCUGAUCAGAGACCGCCGCGCCGCCGGCGAGAUGUGGGACUAUAAGCGUGACCUGGGCGACAUUGACCGGGAAGCAUAUCACAUGGCUAGUUACAGCGUUGACUGCUGGUAUCCCGAAACCCGGGCGCUCCUACGCGAGGCCCUCCACUCCGCCAGUCAGGGCUCGGACAAGGACGCAGAGAAGCAGCCAGACCCAGUCCCGAGUAAGGACAGGCUUACGAAAGCAAACCUGGACAUGUUCAGCGCGUAUGAGAAGGACCGAAACAGAUAUGGCAAACAGCCCAACCCCUAG